CCCGACGGGAACUGUCUCCGUCUCACCUCAGUUAUCCCUCUCCGACGCUCUCCUCUUCGAACUCCAUGGCCGAUCUCCUCAAAACGCCGUCGUUUCACCUCUGCCCUCCGCCGCUUCACGCCCCCAUAUGCCGUACCCUCCAAACCCUUCUGCGUCUCCUUCGGCGGUGGAAGAAUCUCCGACGCCGUCGGCAGAGUUUCGCUCUCUCGCCGGACUUCUUCUUCUUCUUCCUCUCCUCUCCGUUUUGAUUCUGGGAAUUCUCUCCUCCUCCUCAGUUUCGUAGCGUUUGCGUCUGGAGAGACUGAGGUCACCGAGACGGAGGCGGGAGCUGGCGAACGCGAAAUCCAGGUGCAGGACGUAGAUGGUGCUGUUGGAGUCGAGGGGGAAGGUGCCAGCGCUGCUGAGGAAGCGGAAGCAUCCGUUGUUAUGGCAUUGCUUCGAUCGUAUAAAGAAGCUCUCGCUAACAACGAUGAAGGCAAGGUGUCUGAGAUAGAGGCAUCUUUAAAGGCAAUCGAGGAUGCAAAGACACAGCUUGAGAAAAAAACAUCGUCUUUGUCUGAUGAAUUGUCGGUGGAGAGGGACAGGGUUCUUAGGGUCAGUGCCGAUUUUGACAAUUUCCGGAAGAAGAUGGAGAAGGAACGGCUUUCCCUCGUGUCAAAUGCUCAAGGCGAGGUUGUAGAGAAUCUGUUGUCCGUUCUGGAUAAUUUUGAGAGAGCUAAGGCCCAGAUUAAGGUGGAGACUGAGGAGGAAGAGAGAAUCACUAACAGCUAUCAGAGCAUUUACAAACAGUUUGGAGAACUUCUGGGUUCACUUGGUGUUGUCCCUGUGGAGACAAUCAGAAAGCAAUUUGAUCCAAUGCAACAUGAGGCGAUCAUGAGAGAAGAUUCAACGGAGUUUGAAGAGGGGAUCAUCCUUGAAGAAUACAGGAAGGGGUUCAUGCUCGGUGAAAGGCUCUUACGUCCAUCAAUGGUGAAAGUAUCGGCUGGUCCUGGACCAUGUCGAGAAAAGACAAGACGAGGAGCCAUUACAGGUCACAGAAGACCGACCAAACAGCAAACCACUUAUUGCGAUUUUACGCAAUGA